AUGCCCUCUGGAUCGAGCCUCUCGACAGAGAUUUGGAGUAUCCUAUGGGCCUUAAAGGUUGCUUGGGAUCGAGGUUUCAGAAACCUAGAAAUUGAAGGAGAUUGUGUUGCCGCGGUGAAUGCUGUGAUCGAGGGUGUUAAGGAGGAGCACCCGAACCUAUGCAUAGUGCAGGAAGCCCAAAUGAUGCUUAAAUGGGACUGGAGAGUCGACUUGCGUGUAUGUGACAAGGAGAAGAACACCACUGCUGACACUCUGGCCAAGUUUGCGAGUAUUAUGGCAUUAGAUCUAUCCUUUUUUAGUGAGCUUCCAAGCCAACUAGCCUACGUAGUUAAGGAGGAUAGUGGUGGUGGACCUCAGAGUGACAGGAAUCCUAUGAGUAGCUAG